AUGCCUCUACGAGAGAUCAUUCAGAAAAGGGAUCAUAUCAGUGAGACAGAUAGCCAGUAUGCGGCGACUGGUGUGCCUCCUGCCUCCGUGAACACUGUGCCUGAAAUCAGAUUCGUGCGAUCCGACACAUAUUCCCACGAGAUCAUCAACCCGCCGAGCUAUCAUGAUGGCCAGGUUAACUUCCAACAGCACAAUGACUUUCUAAACCCAGCACCACCUUCACCAACCUCGCCGCCCUCGCACCGAAAGUCACUGAACAUUUUCCGUCGAUCCUCGAAAAUCCCGCCCGGAGCACCAGCAGCGCUGGCUGCCCCCCAACCGAAAGAACGUCGACUAUCGCAAUUGCUGCAUUUUGACCGAGGAAGCUCCCGACGUUCCAGCGCGCUCUCCAUCAACGUUCCCACAGACCUUCCACAGAUAGACGAUGGCAAUGAUAAUGAGCAGGAAAGGGAAGCACAAUGGGAGAAAAGAGCAACUAUGUUGGUGCAAAGCCCACAAUUCAGGUCUCCUGCGUCACCAAGUCCUUCUUAUGGGAGCAAUCUUUCGCCAUCUGGUGAGCGAUCGCGUUCGAGGAGUUCCAGUGCAAGCCGGUUCAAUGCACCAGAAGAAGAUGUCAAUAUCCAAGAGGCUAUUCGGCUCCAUGAAAGUGGAAGCUUAGAACAGUCGACAGAAAUGUUUGGUCGCUUAGCUGACCCGAAUGGGGCAAACAAUGCACUGAGCCAAGUGCUUUACGGACUCGCGCUUAGACAUGGAUGGGGAUGCACCAAAGAUCCAGAACAAGCCAUAACAUACCUUUCGGCCGCCGCCUCGAAUUCGGCCUCGAUAGAAUCCGAAGCUCUUCGAGCGGGCAUCAAGAAGGGUGGUUCCGCUAAGGGGGAACUUGUGCUUGCCAUCUUUGAAUUGGCCAACUGUUUCCGCAAUGGGUGGGGUGUAGCAAAAGACCCGGCAGCAGCUCGGCAAUACUUCGAAACAGCAGCAAACUUGGGUGAUACAGAUGCCAUGAACGAGGCUGCAUGGUGCUAUCUGGAGGGGUUCGGGGGAAAGAAGAACAAGGUGGGUCUCUCAUUCUUUUUGCAUUCUGCCUCGCCUUCGACCUGA